AUGUGGAGCCACUGGAGUGACGUCACGAAGAAGAUUAGGGACAUCGCCGCCGAGAUUGCCCAGCCCAUCAACGAGGACGUGGAGGGCGCGCAGGAGGAAGUCCGGCCCGCAGGCAGGGGUACAGCCGGGCCACGGCAGGUGACACGUGCCGCGGCACACGGUUUUCGGGCCCCACCGGCAGGCAAUGACUCGCUUCACGAGCAGAGCAGCAACUCGUCGACGUUGCGGCCGGCGGGGUACCCCGCUCCCCCGGUGCGUCGCGCUGCCGCAUCGGAUGUUAGCAUGUCGCCACCGUCCCGCCUCAGCACCUCCACCGCACGUGAGAGCAGCAGCGAACGGAACGUUCUCUCCGCCAACGCGGCCCCGGGGGAACCGCCACAAACUCCGUGCAGGGAAGCUGCUGUGGCACCAGCGCAGGCAACACCGUCACCAGCGGGGCCACGAAAUUGGGGUGAAAUGAUGAGGCGGAGCGGGGAGCAGGAUGUGGCGGAAUUGCAGCUCCAGCUGCAGCGCCUCUCUGCGGAGAAGCGGCAGAUGGAGCAACAGGUUCUUGCCUACCAGGAGGAAGUGGCGGAGACGCACAGGAAGACGGUGGCGUACUAUGAACAAAAAAUGGUGACGCUUCAGCAAGGCAUCAACUCGGAGACGGCGCUUAAAGAGGAGCUUGCGGGAAAGCUGUCAGAGCGUGAGAAGGAGUGUGGCGAGCUUCAGUGUGAGGUUCAGGCACUGCGAAAAGAAGUGGAUAGACUCACGCAGGCGGCCGCCAUGAUGAAGGUGGCGCAUGACGAGGUCAAAAAAGAGCUGGCUUAUCGGGAAGAGGAGUGCUUGGACACGAGGCAGCAAAUCGAAUCCUUGCAGGACAUGCAUGAUGCUUUGCUGGAGCGGGUGGAGCGUGCGGAGGAGAAUAAAGGCAAAACACCCGUAGCUUCCGUUGCUGUUGCUCCCCCAGCUGCGCAUGCCGGCACUGACGUCGCCUCGUCAAUGGCUGCAAGUGAUGUGACAGUGCCGGACCUCUGUCGGCGGAUCGAGGAACUUCAGGAGGAAAAACUUCUUCUAACGCGUGAGAAGGAGCAGAUGGCGGCGUUGCUGCAGGAGGAGCGCCGCAGCCACCGCGCGACGGUGGAGGAAAGAGAUCGGAUCUUGUCCCACGACCGGGAACAGGCGCAGCGGCUAGCGGAGCUCGUUCAGCGGCUUGAGAAUGACCGGCGGCAGCAGCGCGAGAAUGACAUGGCGGCGGAAGAGGAGCGGCGGGGGCGGAGGUUGACACGACAGGAGGAAUCGGCGGAAGAAACUGUGCGCAAAACGGAGGCGGACGCAGCGGCAGGCAACGAGGCCUGGGAAAGAGUGGUCGCCUCAUUAAGGGCGGAGGUGGGGGCGUUGCGGUCGCAGCUGGAGGCGGCCAAACAGGAGGGCGAGGCCGCCGUUCACCGCGUGGAGGUGGCACUGGGCGAAAAGCAUGCGCAGGAGCUGGCAUCGUUCAGGGCACAGGGGGAGCGAAGCGCGCACGACACGCUGGAGGAACUCCAGCGGGAACUAGCAGCCGCCCAGCAGCAGGCGCGUGAUGCGGACGGAGAGCGUGAGAAGCUGCAGGAGGAAGUGCAGCGGCUCCACAACCGCCUCAAGGAGGCCCAGUCCAACGCGGAAGCACUCUCUGGUAAGUUGACCACGGCGGAAGCAAAUGUGGAAGCGCUGCAGUGUAGUCUACAAGAGGCGCGGCGGGCGACGGAGGGGCAUGAGGCCUCGGUUGUCAGCGCCCUCACGGCCCGCAGGAAGGAGCUGGAGGCGUCCUCGGCACGAACGGCGGAGCUCAUGCAGCAGCUGGAGCACACAAUCACGGACUGUCUUGUGCGUGCGGACACGGAUUUGCCGCCGUCCCGCGAUGGCGCCUGGGCGUCGUUCUCGGAUAAACUCACACUUCUUGCAAGUGAGUUUAACCGUCUUUUCAAUGCGAACCAAAAGGCAGCGCAACUGCAGAAGGAGUGGGAACGAACGUAUGAGCAGGCGCGGGGAGUGAAUGCGACACUCUCGCAGCAGGUGAACGAGGCCUGGAAAACCAUUGGGAAGCUACGGGAGGAUCUUUCCCUGCGCGAGCAGUCGAUUGCCAAGCUGAAGCAGCAGAUGCAGGCGGAGUCGCAGCUGCACCGUGACGCACAGCACGCGCUUGCCAGCGUCACAAAUGAGCUCCAGACACUCAAGGAAGAGAAAAAGGCGUGGGAGUCACGCAUUGGUCUCUCCAGCUCUGGAGAGUCGACACACCAGGAACAGCUGGCCGCGUUGGCUGCGGAAGUGGAAACACUGCGAAGAACCUUGCAGGAUCGGGAUGAAGAGUUGUCGCAGGCACAGCGUAGUUUAGAGACGCUGCAACAAGUGCUCGAGACCUUUAGCAAGAACAAAACGCGUGACGUGGAGGAGCUGACAGCUGAUAUGCAGGUUGAGAUUGAUCAGAUGCGGUCCCAACUGCUAGAGGCUGAGGCGCGGCAGCAACACCAUCAGGAGGACAUCGACGCAAUUGUUGCAAGUCAUCGGCGAGAGAUGGCGGCAAAGAAUUUGGAAAUUACUUCCCUUCAUCGCAAACACGCGGAACUUCGAAAGGCGCUGGAGGAGACGGCACGACAGUUAAAUGGGACGACGAUGAUCGACAAACGCGUCAUUAGUCAUCUCACGGUGAAUUUUAUCCACGCCUUUGUAGGUCAGCGACGCGAGGCGGACGAGAUGCUGAAGGUGCUAAGCGGUCUGCUGAACUGGGACGAGGAGAUGCAGGAGAGGGCGGGCCUCUUGCCGGGGCCCAGCAAUCCAAAGCCUGGUCAUCAGGGCAAACGCGGUGGACUCAUUGGAGGGCUGGUAAAAUCUGUCUGGGGGGGCCCUGCCCGGACGGCGCCGAAGGGGGCUGGCGACAGUGUCAGCUCGCCGAGUAUCGCGGAGUUGUGGGUGGAAUUUCUGAUGCGGGAAAGCGAGGCGGGGGAAACUCGGGGCGACGUGGCGCCGGCGGACGCCUCCGCCACUGCUUCCGCCUCGCAAACAGAGGAAGUGGCCCCUGUGGAGGGGAACUAG